UUUAGAAGUCUCCGUAUCAACAACGCUAAAUAACUCAUUUAAUAGUCAGUUAGCUUUCGUGGUGAUCGCAAUACGACGUGAUUCAUUCUCUUUCGAUAUUUGAAAAGAAUCAUGGUGAUUGUUGAGCGUCUUUUAGGUACAACAGAAUUGGGUGAAGGUCCCCAUUGGGAUGUUACCUCUCAAUGUCUUUAUUACGUUGACAUUUUCAGUAAAUCUAUCCAUAAAUAUGACCCCGUUACGAAAUUACAUACUGAAGCGGUGUUAGAUAAAAGUCCUUCUUUUAUAAUACCAAUUGAAGGUGAAAAAAAUAAAUUCCUUAUCAGUCAAGAGAGAGAUAUUGUUGUUAUAACAUGGGAUGGAGUUAGUAAUAAAAUAUCUGAUUUGAAAAAACUUGUUGAAGUUGAUACAAAUCCGGAUGUAUUGGGAAAUCGAAUUAAUGAUGCUAAAUGUGAUGCAUCUGGGAGACUUUGGGCUGGUACGAUGGGUGCUGAAGAAGUUAAAGGUCAUAUUAAACCGGAAAUGGGAACUUUGUACAGUUUUGAUACUAAACGAGGUUUAAAAGGGCAUGUUAAAGGAAUUGGUUGUUCGAAUGGUUUAUCUUGGAGCUUGGAUAAUACAAAAAUGUAUUACAUCGACACCUUUCAAAGAGCUAUUCAUCAAUAUGAUUUCGAUCUUGAAUCAGGAAACAUAAGUAACAAACAAGUAAUUUUUUCUUUGGAUGAAAUGAAAAUUGAUGGUUACCCUGAUGGUCAAACGAUCGAUGCUGAUGGUAACAUUUGGUUUGCAAUUUUUGGUGGUCAAAAAGUUAUUCAAAUUGACCCGAGAAAGAAAAAUACCAUUAUACAAAUAAUUGAGAUUCCAGCAAAACAAGUAACUUCCGUUGCUUUUGGUGGAAAAAAUUUAGACGAACUCUUUAUUACGACUGCUUGUUUUGAAAUUGACGGUGCAGUUCUUCCUCCGCCACAACACGGAGCUUUAUACAGAGUUACUAAUUUGGGAGUUAAAGGAUUAAAAGCAGUUAAUGCAAAAAUUAAUUAAACAUUCUCUAUGAACUUAAAAUCUUUUUAAUUUUUUUUCUAAAAUUAAUGAUUUUUAA